AUGGCCGACUUCCGCCACAUUCCGCUCCUAACCACCACCCUCCUCCUCCUCGCCGCCGCCACCACCACCACCGCCUGCCCGCCAUCCGACCGAGCCGCCCUCAUGGCCUUCAAAUCCGCCCUCCACGAGCCCCACAUCGGCAUCUUCAAGUCUUGGACUGGACCAGAUUGCUGCCACAAGUGGUACGGCAUCAGCUGCGACCCGAAAACCAAUCGGGUCGCGGACAUCAACCUCCGGGGCGAGUCGGAGGACCCGAUCUUUCAGAAGGCCGGUCGGACCGGUUACAUGACCGGGACCAUCUCCCCGGCCAUCUGCGGGUUGAACCGGCUCUCCAGCCUCACCAUCUCCGACUGGAAGGGGAUCUCGGGCGAGAUCCCCAAAUGCGUCGCGACGAUGCUCCCCUCCCUCCGCGUCCUCGACCUCGUGGGGAACCGCCUCGGCGGCGAGCUCCCCGCCGACAUCGGUCGGCUCCACCGCCUCACCGUGCUCAACGUCGCCGACAACCGGAUCGCCGGCCGGAUCCCCCGGUCGCUGACGAACCUAUCCGGUCUGAUGCACCUCGACCUUCGGAACAACCGGUUCACCGGGUCCAUCCCGACCGACUUCGGCCGACUCGGAAUGUUGAGCCGGGCCCUCCUGAGCCGGAAUUUCCUGACCGGUUCGAUCCCCGACUCGGUUUCUCGGAUCUACCGGCUAGCUGAUCUCGACCUUUCCCUCAACCGCCUCUCCGGCGGGAUCCCACCGUUGCUGGGACGGAUGGCCGUCCUGGCGACGCUAAAUUUGGAUGGGAACCGGUUCACCGGCGGGAUCCCCGCCGAUCUGUUCAGCUCGUCGGUGACUAAUCUGAACCUGAGCCGGAACGCGCUGGACGGGAAGCUGCCGGAGUUCGGUCCCCGGUCAUACUUCACCGUGCUGGAUCUGUCGCGGAACCGGCUGACCGGCGGGAUCCCGGCUUCCAUCACGUCGGCGUCGUACGUCGGUCAUUUGGAUCUAAGUUACAACCAUUUGUGCGGGAAGAUUCCGGCCGGGUCGCCGUUUGACCACCUCGAUGCGGCGUCGUUUGAGUUCAAUGACUGUCUUUGCGGCAGCCCGCUGAAACGACCGUGUUUGACUAAACAGUGA